UAUGUUACUGCUACAAAUGGCUACUGGACCAUACUGGAGACGGUGCCGUACUCCAUAGCCAGUGCAACGAGCCAGAAUCAAACAAUGAGCACCGCACAGUCCAUGGGAUCGGGCAAUGCCAGCAACUUGUUGUCCGGUGCCACAGUUGUUGUGGAGCUGCCGCCCGAUGAUCUGGGCAAUCCCGUUGGCAACAUACAGUAUACGAUACCCGCUCUGACCAAGAAUGCCACUACGAAUACAAAUACCACCACUUUGCACAAGCCACAGGCAACCACCAUACAAAUUGUAAAGCAGCAGCAACAACAGCGCCAACAAUUGUCGCUGCAGCAGUGCCUCGAUGUGCAACAUCAGCAGGUGCAGCAGCCAACCCAGACUCAAACGCGCCAGGAGUACAUUAAAAUAGACACAUCACGGCUAGAGGAUAAAAUGCUGCUGCGCGAUGUGAUGCAAUAUGGCGCCACCAGCAUCUCGAUGGCGCCCAGCACAGGCAGCGAGGUGGUCACCACCACAAUGGUAACCGCUCACGAAUCCGAACUGUUACUAACCGAUGCUGACGAGACGGAGCGCGAACUGGAAGUGGCUGUCAUCCAAAGCGAUCAGCAUGAUGAGCUAUUGAACGACGAUGAUGAGUAUGUGGAUAAGUUGCCCUGCGUUGCCGACUCAUCGCAGCAGACCGAUAAACUAUAUGUGAAUGGACUGAGUGGGGUGCAUUCUGCCACUAUGGCGCUGCACCAGGUCACAAAUGAGCUGGCCAUCGAUGAUGCCAAAUAUGCAUGCAACGUAUGCGGCAAGACCUAUAAAAUCAAAGGCUCGCUCAAGCGCCACAAGAACUACGAAUGCGGCGUGGAGCCGACGCUCAAGUGUCCGCAUUGUCCACACAAAUGCAAAUACAAAUCCGAUUUGCGCAAACACAUGAAUCAGAAACAUUCUGAAUCUGGCGAUACUCUGCUCCUAAGCAAUUAGGCUAGCUGAGCAAUUGGGGAAGAAUGGGAAGGUUGUCUGAAAAUCAAGUUAAUUUUAGUUUUACACUCACGUGAAGAUUCUGCGAAAAUGAAAAGAUACCAAAACAAAAUCUAUAAAGAAAAAUUACAGGUACAGUUAUACUUAGCUCCAUAUUAAUUUUCACCUAUGUAACAAUUUUCUAUAGCUUUGUAAGCUGCAAGUCUGUCUAGAACAUGAUUGCCUAAUUUUAAAAAGUU